CCAUUUUCUUUCUUUCUUAGCAGUUAGCAGAGAGGAGAUCUCCGUGAAGGGGGCGGCGGGUGGCUACGGGAGUGUAACCAUGGCAGACUACUCGACGGUGCCUCCACCCUCCUCCGGCUCGGCUGGCGGUGGUGGCGGCGGCGGCGGCGGCGUGAACGAUGCUUUCAAAGAUGCGUUGCAACGAGCCCGGCAGAUUGCUGCAAAAAUUGGCGGUGAUGCUGGUACGUCGUUAAAUUCAAAUGACUAUGGCUAUGGAGGACAAAAGAGACCGUUAGAAGAUGGAGAUCAACCAGAUGCUAAGAAAGUUGCUCCUCAAAAUGACUCUUUUGGAACCCAGAUGCCACCAAUGCAUCAACAGCAAAGAUCUGUAAUGACAGAAGAAUACAAAGUUCCAGAUGGAAUGGUUGGAUUUAUAAUUGGCAGAGGAGGUGAACAGAUCUCACGCAUACAGCAGGAAUCUGGAUGCAAAAUACAGAUAGCUCCUGACAGUGGUGGCCUACCGGAAAGGUCUUGUAUGUUAACUGGAACACCUGAAUCCGUCCAGUCAGCCAAACGAUUAUUGGACCAGAUUGUUGAGAAAGGAAGACCAGCCCCUGGCUUUCAUCAUGGUGACGGACCUGGAAAUGCAGUUCAAGAAAUCAUGAUUCCAGCUAGCAAGGCAGGAUUAGUUAUUGGAAAGGGGGGAGAGACUAUUAAACAACUUCAGGAACGGGCUGGAGUUAAAAUGGUUAUGAUUCAAGAUGGACCUCAGAACACUGGUGCUGACAAGCCUCUUAGAAUUACAGGCGACCCAUAUAAAGUUCAACAAGCAAAGGAGAUGGUGUUAGAGUUAAUUCGUGAUCAAGGUGGUUUCAGAGAAGUUCGGAAUGAGUAUGGGUCAAGAAUUGGAGGAAAUGAAGGGAUAGAUGUACCCAUUCCAAGGUUUGCUGUUGGCAUUGUAAUAGGAAGAAAUGGAGAGAUGAUCAAAAAAAUACAGAAUGACGCUGGUGUUCGAAUUCAGUUUAAACCAGAUGAUGGAACAACACCUGAUAGAAUAGCACAAAUAACGGGACCUCCAGACCGAUGUCAACAUGCUGCAGAAAUUAUUACAGACCUUCUUCGAAGUGUUCAGGCUGGUAAUCCUGGUGGACCUGGACCUGGUGGUCGAGGAAGAGGUAGAGGUCAAGGCAACUGGAACAUGGGACCGCCUGGUGGACUACAGGAAUUUAAUUUCAUCGUGCCAACUGGGAAAACUGGAUUAAUAAUAGGAAAAGGUGGUGAAACCAUAAAAAGUAUAAGUCAACAGUCUGGUGCAAGAAUAGAACUUCAGAGAAAUCCUCCACCAAAUGCAGAUCCUAAUAUGAAGUUGUUUACAAUUCGUGGCACCCCACAGCAAAUAGACUAUGCUCGUCAACUCAUAGAAGAAAAGAUUGGUGGCCCAGUAAACCCUUUAGGGCCACCUGUACCCCAUGGGCCCCAUGGAGUCCCAGGCCCCCAUGGGCCUCCUGGGCCACCAGGACCUGGAGCUCCCAUGGGACCAUACAACCCUGCACCUUAUAAUCCAGGACCACCUGGUCCAGCUCCUCAUGGUCCCCCAGCUCCAUAUGCUCCCCAGGGGUGGGGAAAUGCAUAUCCACAUUGGCAACAACAGGCUCCUCCUGAUCCAGCUAAAACAGGAACGGAUCCAAAUUCAGCAGCUUGGGCUGCUUAUUAUGCUCACUAUUACCAACAACAAGCACAACCACCACCUGCAGCUCCUGCGGGUGCACCAACAGCAACCCAAACUAACGGACAAGGAGAUCAGCAGAAUCCAGCUCCAGCUGGACAGGUUGAUUACACCAAGGCUUGGGAAGAAUACUACAAGAAAAUGGGUCAAGCAGUUCCUGCUCCUACUGGUGCUCCACCAGGUGGUCAGCCAGAUUAUAGUGCGGCCUGGGCAGAGUAUUAUAGACAGCAAGCAGCCUACUAUGCCCAGACAAGUCCCCAGGGAAUGCCACAGCAUCCUCCAGCACCUCAGUGCCUUCCCAGACCUUCCACCUUAGGUUCUGCUGCAAAAAGCAACAGUGCUGAAGAUGCUGCAAGCACCAAAUCAUAGCUCAUAAAAUCAGGUCCUGAGAUAGUUACCCAUAAAGAGGAAUCCUUUGAGUGUAUGCCAUUGGUGAGCCGAUGAGCAUGGACCAUAGAAGGGCUCAAUGUAGAAGGUAAAAUUGGCAAAUCAUAAUUGAGAAGUAUGAAAUGUAUUCCCAUACAUGAUAUGGUAUAGGGUGUAAUGUACCUGCUUUUGAUCACUUCAUUUUAAAUUGCUUUUCAGUUGAUCUUAAAUGUUCCAUGAACUGUUAAAUUUCUUAAGUUAUGCACCACAUUUAUGUGUAUGUGUUUUGAUAGUUAGGUAUGUUAUAUUUGAUAAUAUAAAAGUGCUCCUUUAACAUUAAGAGCCUGUCGAGUUUUAGUUGUAGUUUGCAUUUCUAUAAAAGAAAACAGACAAAUAUUAAUAGGUAUUGGGGUAUUGUUUCUAUCUCAUGAGAAUUUUUAUUUCAUUACCAUAAGCCUUCACUGACUAUAUAAGCAUUUUUAAAUGACAUUAAUCUUAGCCUUGAAGUAACUGGAAAACAGAAAAGGUGAGCCAGCUGUUGAUUUGAAUGCAGUGGAUGCUAGGAGUGAGUGGUAGAAGAGAUGGUUAGUUUAGAUUGAAAUUGAGCUGAUUUAGCACUUAUGUAACAAUUAGGUGAGCUUUAAAAAAAAAAUCUUAGUAUGGUGGUACUUAGAAUUCUAUGGUUUGAUGUUCCAUAAGUGAGUAUAGUUUUGUUGUUUAAUUGUUGGAAUUGUUUCAAUACUAAAACGGGAUAUUUUUUAACUGAUCAUUUAUUAGCAUUUAAACAUAUGUUCUUAAAUAUCUUGGUAGUUAAUGACUAAGACUGAGUUUGGAUAGGAGUUACAGUACCUUCAAAAAGAAGCAGGAGAAUAUUAACAGGUUAUAACAUUUCAUUUGCUUGGUUCUUUUGUCAAGAGAACCAAUUGUACAUAAAAGUUAGCCUGUUUAGAAUAAUGAUGUUGAGUUAAGUAAGCAGUGAGGAUGUCUUAUUUUUGUUUCCUGCAAUUUUGCCUCAUUUUAAAAUGCAUUUCAGUAAUACUUAAAGAAAGUUUUUACUUAUAAUCUUUGAUCAGUCACUUCUUACACAAUAGAAGAAAGUUUUGAGGGACUUUUAAAUUGGUUCUUGAAAGAGGCAAAUGAACCCUAGGGUUUUAUUUUCUUCAGUAAUACACCUAAAGCCAGCCUUUAAAUGUAUUUGCGAAUAUAUAUAUAUAUUUUCUUAUGCAUGCUUGAUGCAUUUUCGUCCUGAGAAAAGUGUUCUCUACAGAAACUACCCGUGUGUAAAAAGAAGAUUGGCUUAAAAUGGCUACUGUGAUGGGAACAGUGUCUUAGGGAGAUGCAGCUUGGACUUGAGGUAAAUUGAAUACUUUACAAACUGUGGUUUAGAGUUUGCUUUUAUGACAUUGUAAAAGGGCACAUGAUUGCUGUAACUGUGUACUCAUUAUGAUCCUAAUAAAAUAAAUAAAUGUACAUUAAUGAA